UGGUACUGGGAAAGAAUGGCUGGAGUGUGACUUACACCCCUCAGAGUAGCUGUGUCUUAAAGGAGUCAACAGUAGAGCUGACCUGCUCUUACACAUAUCCCAGUGGUACAGUCACAUCAACCCUCUGGUUCAAUAAAAAUGAUGUUGAGGGGAAACCUGUGAGUCUGUUAGAUGACCCAGACUACAAAGGUCGUGUGACGUACCGUGGAGAUAAGAAGAAUGGCCACACCCUGACAGUCAGAGACCUGAGAGAGAGUGACUCAGCUACGUACAAGUUCAGAUUUAAAAAAGAUCAGACUGGAGGGAGAUAUACUGGCAAUCCUGGAGUCGCUCUGUCUGUCACAGGUCUUCAGGUGAAGGUGACUGGUCGAUAUCGGGACAAGACACUGACCUGUAGCACCACCUGUACUCUGACUGACAACCCCACCUACAUCUGGUACAAGAACGGACACAAAGUAAAGGAGGACACUUCCAGCCUGUACUCAGACUACUUUAGUGAUACAGACAGUUACUCCUGUGCUGUAAAAGGCCAUGAGGAUCUCCACUCUCCUGCAGUGUGUAAGAACUGUUGGAGUGUGACUUACACCCAUCAGAGUAUCUGUGCCUUGAAGGGGUCAACAGUGAACAUAUCCUGCUCUUACACAUAUCCCAGUUAUCAUGAGAUCAAACAAGCUUUCUGGUUUACCAAAUGGAAGUCUGGUAUGGAGGCUGAAGAUCUGAGCUCAGUGCCAGGGUAUGAGGGUCAUAUAGAGUACCUUGGGGAUAAGAAGAGUAACUGUACCCUGAGAAUCACAGACCUGAGACUGAGUGACUCUGCUGGGUACAAGUUCAGAUUCAUAACAUCUGGAGGAAAGUUUUCUGGCUCACCUGUCUCCCUGACUGUCACAGAUGUUGUGUUGGAGAUGGAUCCUACAUCUGUGUCAGAGGGGGAGAGAGUCACACUGACAUGUAGAACCAACUGUACACUGGACCCCAUCACAGCCUUCAGUUGGUAUAAGAAUGGACAGCCUAUACCAAACAGCAACACCUCCUCUCCUGUCUAUAMCCUAUUCUCAGUCAGCAGUGAGGAUACAGGCAGAUAUUCCUGUGCUGUAGAAGGCCGUGAGGAUCUCCCCUCUGCUGAAGAGYCUCUCACUGUCAGAUGUGAGUACAUGGGGUUUACAUCUUUAGCUUGCUAUAUUAAUAUUGUAGUGACAGAUAUUGGCUCCACAUAUGGUCCGAGGAACACUUCAGUGUCAGUCAGUCCAUCUGGUGGAAUAGUGGAGGGCAGUUCAGUGACUCUGACCUGCAGCAGUGAUGCCAACCCACCUGUCCAGAGUUGUACCUGGUGGUACAAGAAGAAUGGAGGUGACUAUCAGAGUAUGACAGGACCACAGCAUGUCUUCAGUCAAAUCCAGUCAUCUGACACUGGAGAGUACUACUGUGAGMCCCAGAAUGAGAUGGGGACAGACAGGUCUAGGACCAUAAACAUGGACGUGAAGU